AUGGCUAAUCUAUCAUCAGGACAAAAGCGGUCUUGGGAAGGGGAUCAUGAGGCAAACAAGAGGCUGAGGGCCAGAGACGAGCCCAAGGAUUGGCGAGAAGUUCAUCUAAGGUCGCCUCCCAAGAAGCCUACCCCGAAACACCAUGAAAGAGAUAGAGAAAGGGACAGGCGGAGCCCAGGGCGCUAUGAUGGAGGCGAGAGGCGAGGGUCUGAUUCGGGACGAAGAAAACGCGAAUGGGAGCAUCGGCGCACCAGCGAGUCCCACGACCGACCUGGACCUGGACGAGACGAGCGGCGUCGGGACGACCACCGCCCCUCGAGGACCCCGCCCCGCCAUAUGAAUAAUCGGAUUCGUGCCGAAGUGGUAGAUGAAGAAAAGGAAGAAGGCGAAAUAUCGCCCAGACGGAGCCUUUCUCCAGUACCUGCAACCCCAAAGGUCUCUGCACCACCAGCGGUUCAUAUCAAUGUUCAACCUGAACCCCAGGUAGCAGAAAUGGACCUGGACCUGCCAGCCUCACCUCCUCCCGUUGACGACAUCCUGGCUGCACGUCGUGCCAGGCGUCAGGCCAUUCUUGCCAAGUAUUCCGGGGUAAACAGCGUCAAUACUAGUAUUAGUCCAAGCCCGGGGCCUAGCAGUGCAGUCCAACCGCCUACCCCCUCCUCAUCCCGUUCUAAUCCUCUCUCGCAGACCGUCCGCGUCAACGAGCCAGUAACACCACUUGACCCCCAGAAUGCGAAGAAUGGAGCAAUGCCUAGUGGUCGUGAUUCUACCUCGAUCUCUCCCACUCCGCGUGAUUUUGCACUUGCAAAAGAAGGAGACUCAGAUGAGGCGUCCCGUACUGAGCCAGCUGGUACUGAACAAGUCCUGGCUGCAGAUUAUGAUCCAAGCCUUGAUCGCAGAGAAGACGAGCGUCGUCGUUUCGGUGAUACUGCUCAACGACCUUUGUCUGUUGAGGACAACGAAGAUCAUGAAGAAGAGGAAGAGGAAGAAGAAGAAGAUUUGGACGACAUGUUCGCUGUUGGCACACCAGAGAAGAAAGCCAAGAAGGUCAAGAAGACCAAGAAGCCUACCGCUCCGGCCAUUAUCACAAUAGCCACACUUGAUGCCGCUGCGGAUCCCGAAGGAUAUUACAGUGUAAUCCUCGGAGAACAGUUGGAUGGUGGUCGGUACCAAGUAUUUUCAUCCCUUGGAAAGGGUAUGUUUGCCAAUGUGGUCCGAGCGCGUAUUCUGCAGACCGAAUCUGGAGAUGUUGGACGUGAAGUCGCUAUCAAGAUAAUACGAUCCCAGGAGUCGAUGUACCGUGCAGGCCUGAAGGAGGUCCAAAUUCUCAACAAACUCAAACAGGCUGAUCCAGAAGACAAGAAGCACAUCGUCCGUUUAGAAAGAACCUUCGAACACCGCGGUCAUUUAUGUUUGGUUUUCGAAUCCAUGAGCAUGAACCUUCGUGAUGUUGUGAAACGAUUCGGGAAAGACGUCGGCCUCAAUAUUCGAGCAGUUCGUGCUUAUGCCCACCAGCUCUUCUUGGCGUUGAGUUUACUCCGCAAACUGAACAUCAUGCAUGCGGAUAUCAAGCCUGACAAUAUCCUCGUCAAUGAACAAAAAACCAUGUUAAAGUUGUGUGAUCUAGGAUCUGCAUCAGACGCGUCAGAAAACGACAUCACUCCAUACCUUGUCAGUCGAUUCUAUCGUGCGCCGGAGAUCAUCCUCGGCAUUCCGUAUGACCCUUCCUUGGAUGCCUGGUCGAUUGGAUGCACACUGUACGAACUGUACACGGGGAAGAUCCUCUUUCCCGGCAGAUCGAAUAACCAGAUGCUCCUGUUGAUGAUGGAACUCAAGGGGAGGUUCAAUGGCAAGAUGAUCAAGAAAGCUAAGUUCGGGGAUGUUUACUUUGAUGAGAUGGGUGGAUUCGAGAGCAUUGAGAAAGACCGGGUGACUGGCAACGACGUGGUGAGAAAAGUGCACAUCUCGAAGCCCUCCCGUGAUUUGCGAGCGAGGCUUAUGCCCCCCUCGUCCACUAAGACGAGCGACGAAGAGACAAAGUUAAUAGCGUCAUUUGCGGAUCUGCUUGACAAGUGUCUCUCUCUUGACCCUGGUCGGAGAAUAACGCCUCGCGAGGCCCUUGAGUCGCAGUUGCGGUCGAAUGCGGCCUGGCGGCGCGUCCACAAGGUGCUCCUGCCCGAGGACAGCGUUCAGAACAGGACCGCGUACGACGAGGAGCCCGUGAAGAACAGUUAUUUCCUGAGUGCGCGGCUUGGGGUGUGGGGCGAUCAGCUGGGAAAGGCCAAUCCAUUAACUAUGGGGAUAAUCUUCCAGGACGCUGAGAAAGGGGACGGAGUCAAGAAGAAGUUUCUGCUCGCCAAUAAGCAUAUCACCAAAUUGAACUCAACACUAAGCGUCCGGAUUGAGGAGCUAAAUGCACAGAUAUCCACGCUGUAUGUGGAGAAUCUCCGUUUACGAGCGUCGGAGAUCGCCCUCGCCUCGCAGCUCAAGCGAGAACGCGAGCAGUCGAGGAAGGUGCUAGCGGACGCGGAGGCUGCUUCUCACAACCUAACCAAACAGCUAACACACCUUCGAACCUCCCUGCGGCACCAACAAUCGUCAUCUUCCGAUGGUGGCUCUCCAACACUCUCUCCACUAGCCAAACGCUCGGUCGUCUCCCUUAUCCCGUCCGAUGGCUCUGGUUCUCCACAACUAAACAAGAUAUCGCGCCCGCCGAACGUACCGGGCAUUUACGAAGACGACGAACCUAUCUCUUCCGGUGAUGAGGUUGAAGAGAUUGUCGAGGUCAGCCCGCCACGGAAAAAGAGCCAGAGAACCAAGGAGAAGGAGAAGACCAGGGAGAGAGUCAGCAAGCUUCCUGUGCCGACUGCUUCUCUCGAUCCACAUGCCCAUCCACAUCCAACUCAUGUUGACUUGCUAUCCAUUGCUUCCUCUUCGACAUCAGCAAGCAAGCCACGGAAGACCAUCCGACGACAGAGUGGACUAUUGACGGUCAAUACAGCUGCCGCUGAUGCCCUAAGCGUCCCACGUUCUGGCAGCCCAGCGUUCGGCUCGCCUAUCAGACUCGAGGCUGGUCUUGCGGAAGAGGCAGAGGAGAGGGCUGUUGUCAGUGGACAAAUUGCUCCCGCUGACAAAGAGGGCGAUGACGAGGUUGUUCUUGAGGUUAAGAAGGAAAGGAAGAAGGGCAAGAGCAAGGAGGUCAGGGACAGUGAAAAGGAGAGCGAGGCUGCUGAGGUCUCCAGACCGAAGGAGAAGAAGAAGAAAGAAAAGGAAAGGGACAGAGACAGAGAGCUCGACGAGCCAGGAGUCGAAAGUCUUCCUACGAAGAUAAAGUCGGCGGCGAAGGAUCAUCGGUCGGCGUUGCAGCCUAUCGAUAGCAAUGUAGAGGACCAUACGCACUCUGAACGGGAGAACAAACCUCCAGCGGGUUCGCCUGCACCUGCUCGCCAAUUCCUGCGACCGGUCUCGCCUUCAGGCGGAGGAGGAUCCUCGCGCGGCUCGUCGAGUCCUGUCCCUCCAGCAGGGUCUAGCUUAGGAGAUGAGCCGGCUGUUGGUGGAAGAGAGAGGCGCCAAAGAAAGAGCGUAAAUUACGCGGAGCCGAAAUUGAAUACAAAGAUGCGCAAACCAGACCCGCUGCCCGGUUCUGAACCUCCUGCACGGAAGAAACGAUCCUCAGCAGCAGCCGUCAUGACGCAGUCAGCAACAUACAGCAGCAAACCCGCAUCAAGCUCUUCAACUGCGACAUCGUCGACGGCUGUCGAAGAUCUCGCAGAUACAGAUCCAGAGCCCGAAGACCGAGAAGAAGAGAGAGAAUAUGCUCUAUCUUCGAGACAAAUUCCCUUACAGCACCCAUCAUCUUCAUCAUCCUCCCAAUUCCCACUUCGAACGGCGUACACCCAUACGCAAGGUCUUCUGCCGCCUGAACAUUACCCCCUGCCGGCGUCGCGCCCUGGCUCAGCAGCAAAUAUGUACAGUCCUGUACCUAGCACGACCACUCGUGUGUCUGGAUCCACUUCGUCUUCAUCUUCGGUUGCGAUGACACCUGCUCCAAGCGGUCUCAAGCGGAAGAAGGCACGCCAGCUUGACGAGGAGAGUGAAGAUGACGACGCAAGCGUCUCAGACGGUGGUGCAGAGGCCGAUGGAGAGUGGAUCGCAUCGUCAUCUUCUCGUCCGGGGUCGUCAUUGUCCAGAGGUGCCGCCUCGUCAAGUAGUUCGGGAGUGACAGGAACAACUGUCGCUUGGGCGAACGUUAACAUCGAAGGAAGGAGGAAGGGCCUGCCCAAGAGAAGUGCGGCGGUCGCAGCGGUUGUCGCACUGGAGGAUAUCAGGAGGCAUAGUAUGGCUAUUUGA